UAGAUAUGCUUGUGGCUGGCAUUCUUCUCGUGGUGGUUGUCUACAUACUAGUUAGAUGGCUUCUUGGCCUUCCGCGUGUUGGAGACUACGGCGACAAGUACGUCUUCAUCACAGGCUGUGACACGGGCUUCGGCAACCUGCUGGCCAGACGUCUCGACAAGAUGGGCUUCCACGUGUUCGCCGCGUGCUUCACGCGCGAGGGGGCAGACGACCUCCAGAAGGCGACAUCCAGCAAGCUGCUGACCGUAUCACCAGUCGACAUCACCAGCGCGGAGAGCAUCGAGAACGCCCAUCGGUUUGUCGUCGAUCACCUGCCCGAGGAUAAAGGUCUGUGGGCGAUAGUGAACAACGCCGGGGUGGGAGGGGCAGCGCUGGGGCCGCUUGAGUGGCACAGACGAGAUGUGUACAUCGACAUCCUCGCCGUCAACCUGCUCGGUAUGGUGGACGUCACGAGGAUAUUCCUGCCUCUUGUCCGCAAGUGUCAAGGUCGAAUAGUGAACAUGUCCAGCAUGGCGGGACGCCUUGCCGCGGUGGGGAACGGACUAUACUCCGUGUCCAAGUUCGCCGUCGAAGGUUAUUCUGACUGUUUGAGGAGCGAACUAUACAGACAAGGAAUAAGUGUCUGCAUGUUAGAGCCGAGCGGUUUCCGGACUCCACUCGUUGACUACACGAAAUUAAGCCAGCUAGCAAGAACUGCAUUUUCCAGUACCUCGCCUGCUGUACAAAGGUUCUACGGGAAACGUUAUGUUGACAAAUUUUGUGAGUCUGUGAAGAUCAUGGUAGACACGAUGGUGUGUGACGAUCUUAACCGAGUCAUCGACUGCUAUGUGCACGCAAUCACAGCCAAAUUUCCAAGAGCGCGGUACAACCCCGGAAACUGGACUGUAACCGGCGCUCUUGCUAUGCUGUUGCUGCCCACGUGGAUGUCUGAUUGGAUUCACGGUCGACUGGCCACCGUACCCGAGCCAGAUGUUAACGAGAGCAGCGCAACGCGCUAGGAAACCAGCGUAUAGCCUUGAUCGUUGGUGUAUAACCGUGAUCUUUAGUGUAUAACCGUGACCUUUGAUGUAUAACCGUUAACCUUUGUCUAUAACCCUGAAUCAUGUUGUUUUAAACAAUGUUAUUCCAUCUGUGUUAUGGCACUGGGAUUGGUCGACGUCAUGCAUCCUUUUAAAGGACAAUGAGUUUUUGAUCUCGAACAAUGUAACACAUUUAUCUUUAU